AAGGCCAGAAAGUGUAACAAUCAAGGCUGGGGAGUUUACAAGGAUAGAAACUGUAACGACCAAGGCAAUGCAAUUUAAAAUGUAACAAAGUGUAACAACGUGGACUGUUAAGAUUAGAAUGUUACAAAGUUAUAAAAGAUGUCGGUUGAACUAUUGGACGUUUUUCCGGAAGUGACGUGUACACAGAUUGUGCUGACGGCCAUUCUUCUCCUUCUCUUGAGCGUCUAUUGGUACGCCACCAGCUACCACGGUGUGUGGGAAAGGGCGGGAAUCCCCGGACCAAAACCACUGCCAUUUUUAGACCACAUGCUGGAGUUUCGUCGUCAUGGCGUGGAGCAGACGAUAAACAAAUGGUUCCAGACGUACGGCAAAAACGUUGGGGUGUACGGCCUUCACCCUCACCGGGCUACUCUCAUCACCAAAGAUUUGGAGAUCGCCAAACAGGUUUUGGUUAAGGAUUUUGAUAACUUUAUGACUAGGUACCGUCCACGAACGACGCAGAGGUCUUUCGCCAACGGCUUGCUAGCGGCCACAGACGACAGGUGGAGGCGUCACCGUCACGUGACCAGCCCGAUGUUUACCGGCGUCAAGAUGAAGGUCAUGCUCCAACACAUCAAGGCCAGCGCCGAGACGCUCACAGAACUCAUCCGGCAGUGCGUGUCCAAGGGAGAGCUCAUCUCGGUUAAACUGGUGGCCUCCAAGUUUUCUACGGAGGUUAUAGCCAGGGUGGGCUUCGGGGUUCAGACCCACGCCGUCUCCAAAGAGGAGAAUGAAUUCGCUCACUAUGCCAGGACACUGGUUAACGUGGCAACUAGAAAAUUGAACAAUACUAUUGAUAUGAUUAAUCACUUUGUUCCACACGUUCUUCCUUUGAUGAUGAAAUUGCUGCCCCAAAUUGAUUUCAUCAACCGCGAUUCAGAUACUUAUUUUGAACAUAUUGUAUCAUCGACCCUCAACGAGCGAAAAGAGGAGAAGACCAAAACUGGGUCUGGUAACCCUCGUGACAUGCUUGACCUACUUUCAGAAACGGAAGUAGCCAAAGAUGACCCGCGACUUCACGAUCCUCAGUCUAAAGCCCUCAGCAGAGAUGAAAUAAUAGGAAACUCAACUGCAUUAAUUCUAGCAGGCGUAGAAACUGUGUCCUCUGCUCUCCAGGGAAUUUUAUACUGUCUGGCCCUGAAUCCAGACGUCCAGCUGAAGGUACUAGAGGAGAUUGACCAGGUCAUCCCAGACGGUGAAGAUCUGGAGUACGAGCAUCUCUCACAACUCAAGUACACAGAGCAGGGAAUCAACGAAUGUCUGCGGCUGUUUCCUUUGUUAACUUCAUUGAUGCGUGUAACGGCAGAAACCCGGACAUACAACGGUGUCACCAUACCUAAAGGUGCAAUCGUCACCAUUCCGAUAAAUCUGAUAAUGACCGACCCUGAAUUUUGGCCAGAACCUAAGAAAUUCGACCCUACAAGAUUUACACCAGAAAACAAAGCAAAACGUGACCCAUUUUCUUACAUGCCCUUUGGCUACGGUCCAAGAAUUUGUUUGGGUCAAAGGUUAGCCAUGAUGGAGCUCAAGACAAUCAUGGUCUACUUGUUGAAAGAAUUUCGUUUUGAGCUUUCGGAGAGAACGGAGCCGAAGAAAGGCGUCAACAUUGAAAUGGAGACCAUUGUUGGGUUUGUGUCGAGGCCAGUUAAACCUGUUGAGGUGGAAGCUGUUCCAAGAUAAACUCCGGAGACUUUUUGGUUUAACAUUUGUAAAAGGACUUACUGAAACCAAACAACAACCCAUCAUAGACCAUUUACUCAUAACGAGAGACACAGAUUAAUGUAAUUUUAUAAUCAUGUCAUCUCAAGAUUGUUUUUAUUUAAUCUGAAUAUUUUCUAUCCAUUUGUUGUGUUACUUUCAAUUUAGCAACACAAAAUAACUUUAGUAAUGUUCUUUUAUUUUAAUUUAAAACAUUUCAAAAGAAAUAGAAACAUUUGCUCAAGGCGGAAAGAGAAAGAAUGAAUUUGUAUUUAGUCUAUGCUCCAUGGGAGUUUAAAAAGUCAAAGAAGAAUGUAAAAAUGUUAAAUAAUAAUAUUUUUUUAAUUUAAUUGCAUUUUACAUCAGUAAAUCCUCACAUUUAAGUAGCAAGCUUGUCACAAAGAAGCUUUUUUACAAAAAAAAAAUAAUUACAUUUACACAUUUUAAGCAUAUUUCAUUACCACAUUUAUAACAUGAAUCCGACGAUUUAUUAACAUUUGGGUUAACGGAAUUAUAUGGGAAUGCGAUUCUAAGCAUUUUACACAUCAUAAACAUAUUGUUAUUGGUUUGGCACAUAAGAAAUUCCAUUAACAUUGAAAUCAAUUUUGUUUUUCAGUACGCUGUAAUAUACACGACCACAUGCAAAUAUUUAAUAAAAAAUUCAAAUAUUAAACAAU